AUGCACUCGGCCUCAUCGCACGUGGCACGUUUGUCUCAUCCUCUGCAUAACAAGCUCACCUCUAACAUCGACCCAUCACAGUUUCGCUCUCCGUCACACGGGGGAAACCUCAACCGCUCGGCGUCUCUGAGCUGCACUGAGCGCGCUCCAGAAAGCGGCUCGGUCGGCGGGAGCAUCACUCAGAUCCCGGGAACGCCAUUCCAGUACAUCCCAGACUUCUGCGUACGAGCUCUCACAGACCUGCAGUUUGUCAAGAUCACUCGUGCUCAGUACCAGAACGGCGUCCUGGCAUCCAGGCUGGACAGCACGCCGCAGUCUCCAGAGGGCAGUCACACUCGCCUGGACACGUCUGUGUCUUUGCCUCCCGUGACGCCGCCGGGGACCCGCGUUCCACUGCCGCUGGCCACGCCUCCUGUAAAGCGCCCGCCGUCUAACGCUCAGCCGCCGCCGAGCAGCCGCGCCGCUCUGCCCCAGACAACCUCGUCCUCCAGCCGCAGACCCAGCCAGUGUCUGCCGCAGGCAACUCCGCCUCCGAGCAACCACACCCCCUUCACCCAGCCCCCUCCGGGCUCCAUGGGCACAACGGCGUCCACCUUUAAGACCCACCCGACGCUGCCCUCCUCCAAGCAGUCGCCGCCCUCUGCAGGUCCGGAGAACGGGCCGGGGGAGGCCGCCGCCCUGCUCAUAGAGCAGCAGAACUGCGUGGGCCCCCGAAGACCAAGCAACACCCAGGCCCCCCCCCACCCACAGACGGAGCUUUUUCUGGAGCUUCACCUCGACGUGAAGAGUCGACCAAACCGGAUCUUUAGUUGUUACACUGCGCUCGCUGACGCGAAGCGACGGACUGAUGUCAGAACUCCUCUGUGGAAGGUGGGCCUCUUAUUUUUAUUUAUUUCCACUCAGUUAUUGAACGUCAAAGCGCACAAAUGUGGGUUCACGUGGUGGCAUGAAGACAAAAUAAUCCAGAGCGACGAGUGUUUUAUCAUCUGAUGUCCAAGUUUAACACUUU